UCACCGCAUGCAUGCGAAGCUGAAAACAUGUCUACUGAAGUACUUUUGUUGAUCGCCUCGCUGGCGAUCAUAUUUUAUGUCUGGCAACGUCGCGCGUUUAACUUCUGGCAGCGAUUGGGCGUUAAACACAUUCCGCCAUCGCCCAUAAUUGGAAAUUUGAACAGCUUAUUAACCGGUCGAGCUUCGUUCUUAGAGCAGAUAAGCUUGCUGCACAACACAAAAGGCUUUGAGAAUGAACCCGUUGUCGGAAUUUAUCUGUUCAAUCGUCCCGGUCUACUCGUUAAAGAUCUUGAUCUGGUCAAAACUAUUAUGAUCAAGAAAUUUAACUAUUUCGUAAAUCGCGCCAUGAAAACCGAUCAUCAUCACGAUGUCCUCGGUACUAACAACAUCUUCUUUUUGCACGGUCAGCCAUGGAGGGAUUUGAGGUAUAAGUUGUCGCCAUUCUUUACCAGUGGCAAAAUGAAGCAAAUGUAUCCAUUGAUGGUCGAGAUUGGCAAAGAUUUGGAAAAGUAUUUGGAUAAAUUGCCAAAGGGUUCGAUGCUCAAAAUCAAGGAUGUUUGCGGUCGUUUCACAACCGAUCUUAUAGCGACCACAGCAUUCGGCCUGAAGGCCAAUGCGUUGGGCAGUGCGAAAAAUGAAUUUUAUGAAAAUAACAAAGCCAUUUUCCAAGUGAGCCUGCGACGUGGCAUUGAUUUUGCCAUUAUAUUUGCGCUGCCGAUGCUGGUCUCGUUGGCACGCACCAAACUCUUCCCCAAACAAACCGCCGAUUUCGUGCGACGCAUUAUCAAAUAUGCGCUGGAUGAGCGCGAGAAGUCGGGUCAGCGUCGCAAUGAUCUCAUUGACAUAUUGCUGGCGAUGAAGCAUGAGGCAAAGUCGGAUAAACCAUUGGAUUUUGAUUAUCUUGUCGCACAGGCAGCCCUCUUCCAGACGGCUGGCUAUGAGACGAGUGCCUCGACCAUGACAAUGGCCCUCUUCGAGCUGGUCCAUCAUCCGGAAAUGCAGGAACGUUUGCGCACAGAGAUUCGCGAAUAUUUUGGCGAUAAGCAGUCCAUUGAUUUUGAUGGCAUUCAUCAGAUGCCCUACCUCAAUCAAGUGGUGAACGAGACGCUGCGAAAGUAUCCAAUUGUUGGAUAUGCGGAGCGUGAAUGUGUCCAACCGGCGACCGGAGAGAAAUUCAACCUGGCCCCGUACUACGACCUGGAGUUGCCACAUGGUACACCCGUCUAUGUCGCCACCCUGGCCAUUCAUCGUGAUCCCCAGUACUGGCCGGAUCCGGAGAAAUUUGAUCCGGAUCGUUUUGCGGCGGAGAACCGGGAUAAUCUCAAUAUGGAUGCUUAUAUGCCGUUUGGCAUCGGGCCACGCAACUGUGUUGGGAUGCGUUUGGGUCUGCUGCAGGCCAAAUUGGGUCUGGUUCAUCUGCUCAGGCAUCAUCGGGUGAUCAAGGACGAGAAGACCACCAGCUUAGCAGACUUUAAGCUUUGUAAUUUUAGUGCUGUGAUAGCGCCAAAGGACGAAAUCUGUUUGCAACUGCAACGCACUUAGUUCCAAGAGAGAUUUCUGAGAGAUCCCAAAGUGGGAUCGUUGAACGUUAACUAAUUUUUUGUUACUAAACUUGAAAUUGGAUUGCAAUUUGAUUGUUUUUUAAUUCUAGCAAAACCUGUUUGUUGAUAAUAAAGCUACGUAAUGCAAUUGAAUAA